AUGGCGAGGAGAAUGCAGACGUUAGAGCAUCGUCUGCAGGAUAAUUCAAAUGAGCCUGAUGGUGGCUAUGGCUGGGUCUGCGUGGCAGCUUGUUUCACAAUCAAUGCCUUCACUUGGGGUGUGGUCUCGUCUUAUGGCGUUUAUCUUGCGCACUACCUUUCGAAUGAAACUUUUACUGAGGCAAGGCCAAUCGACUUUGCCUUCAUUGGAGGACUAAACUUUGCUGUCGCUAUGCUUGCAGCACCUGUAGUUACUGCACUGGUUCGUCGUUAUGAGAUUCAUCUGCCAAUGUCUUUGGGAAUUUUGAUGUUUGGCAUUGCUUACGCUUCUGCAUCGUUUUCGUGGCGAAUAUGGCAGCUCUACCUCUCUCAGGGUGUUUUGGUGGGUCUUGGGGUAGGAUUCCUCUACAUCCCAAGUAUCGCAAUCCUAUCCCAAUGGUUUUCUACCAAAAGAAGCCUUGCCAACGGAAUUAGUGCGGCUGGUUCGGGCAUUGGCGGCCUCAUAUUCUCUCUGAGUACUGGUGCAACGAUCGAAAAUUUGGGACUGGCAUGGUCGUUGCGGCUUGUGGGCGUAAUGGCCGUUACUGUCAAUACACUUGCCACCAUCUUCAUCAGGAGCCGAAAUCGCGUUGUACAGCCAGCGUCAAUCCCUUUUGAUGUUGUGCUACUGCGCCGGUAUGAAGUCUUUCUAUUGCUUACUUGGGCAUUCAUCAGUAUGUUUGGCUACAUUGUACUAUUGUUUUCCCUGUCGGAUUAUGCUAUCUCCAUUGGAUUGUCUAGAGAUCAGGCAGUCCAAAUCACUGCAUACUUGAACCUCGGGACUGCCGUGGGGCGGCCAGUCAUUGGAACCAUAAGUGAUCGUUAUGGACGGAUUGAGAUUGCUGGUCUUCUUACCUUGCUUUGUGGAUUGUGCUGUUUUGUCUUGUGGCUACCUUUUCAGUCGUUCGCCGUCACCGUUGUAUUUGCUAUCAUCAGUGGCGCUAUUCUUGGCGUCUUUUGGGUUACCAUCGGACCACUUUGUGUGGAAGUGGCAGGUCUUGAAGAAUUGCCUUCUUUACUCUCCCUGGCCUGGCUCACGACUGUUCUUCCGACCGCUUUCUCGGAAACGAUCGCUCUCCAAUUGCGAAGGCCUGGCAUGAAACGAGAAUAUCUGUACCCUCAAAUCUUUUCCGGCCUGUCAUAUAUUUUAGCAAGUUUCUGUCUCUGGGAACUACGAAGGCAUAGAAAGAGUCUAUCUCGUACGGACGCAGCACGAAAUCAGUCUACCAGAUGA